AUGAGAAAAGUUCCGCUCUCUCUAGACGAAUUACUUGCAUUGAAAAAUGGAAAGAAGGAAAACAAUAAUGGUGUAUCUAAAGGUGUGUCUAAACCUGAAAUCAGAUAUCUAACAAAACGAGGAAGAGAGAAACUAGAAGAAAGGAACCGGAAGACCGUUGAGAAAAAGAAUGAAUUGGAAAGAAAAUUAAGGGAUCAGAAACUGACUGACGUACAGAGAGUCAGGGCAGAAAAGAGAAAAUAUGACAAUGAAAUGAACAAUACACAUGGAACAGUUUUCAACAGGGAUACUACACAUAAUGAAUCACGGAAACUCACUGCUACAGUUAAUAGCAAUUACAAUAAGGGAAUAGAAUAUAGGGAUAAUGAUAAUGUUGAUGAUUCGGAGGACUAUUUCAAACCAAUAGUAGAACCAAGCAAUAAACGAGCCGAGAUUUUUGAUGUUUCCAGGAACAAAAGUCGGACCAAGGACAACAAAUACGAUAAACAACAUUGGUGGGAAAAGCCGUUAGAAAAAAUGACUAACAGAGAUUGGAGGAUCAUGAGGGAGGAUUUCGAUAUUAAAUUGAAGGGGCCGAAUAUUCCAAAUCCAUUAAGAACAUGGAAGGAAUCAGGGUUGUCGAAUACUAUAUUAAGUAGAAUCAAUGCAUUGCGAUACAAGGAACCAACACCAAUUCAGAGAGCAACUAUUCCGGCUGGAGUGAAGUUUCGUAAUGCUAUUGGAAUAGCCGAAACGGGAUCAGGUAAGACUUUGGCUUACAUUCUUCCGAUCUUAAAUUAUCUUACUAAAGUGCCGCCUUUAGGACCAUACGAGGGACCUUACGCAUUAGUGUUGGUUCCAGCUAGAGAGCUUGCAAAUCAGGUUGAUGAAGAAUUUCAGAAGUUUUAUGGGAGUAUAAGAUUUACCGCCGCAAGUUUGAUUGGUGGUCAUAGGUACGAGGAAAAUACAGAUGCAUUUAAAAAUGGUGUUGAGGUGGUGAUAGCAACUCCCGGCAGACUAAUAGACUGCAUCAAUAAAGGAAUCGUCAAUCUUGAUAAAUGCUUCUUUCUUGUUUUAGAUGAGGCAGAUAGAAUGAUAGAUCUUGGCUUCGAGGAACAACUUACCACUAUAUUGAAUCAACUUCCACCAGGAGAGACUAAUCCAUAUUAUUUUGGAGGGAUAAAGAAGCCUCAGAGGACAACGAUGAUGUUUACUGCAACAAUGCCUAAUGAAAUUAGGAAAAUUGCAACAUCAUACAUCGAGGAACCAGUUACAGCUACCAUAGGACAAAUAGGACAGGCUAUUGACAGUGUAAAGCAAAUAGCCAUAAAAGUUCCGGAUGACGACCACUCAAGACUUGAAAAGCUCAAGGAAAUAUUAAGUGAAGAGAAGAAAUACAGAUCGCAGAUUAUAAUUUUUGUGAACUACAAGAAAUCGUGUGAAAUCGUGGGGAAUACAUUAUCUGAUAUGGGAUUCAGGGUGGCUAUAAUGCAUGGCUCAAGAUCUCAGAGGCAAAGAGAAGAGGCCAUAAAUGAUUUGAAAAGUGGUAGGGCCAAUAUUUUGGUUGCCACAGAUGUUGCCGGAAGAGGUAUUGACAUUCCGAGUAUCUCCCUAGUGGUAAACUACCAGAUGUCAAAGGGAAUCGAAGAAUAUACACAUAGAAUAGGUAGAACGGGCCGUGCUGGAAGAAAAGGUACAGCUAUUACAUUUUGGAAUGAAGAUUCGGACCGGGAAGUUUUAUACGAUCUCCGGAAAAUGAUCGGUAAAAGUCACGUGAGCUACUGUCCCAAGGAUUUGGCCGAAAACAGAUAUGCAAUGUGGCAGAAUGGAGAGCAACACUAA